CUUUGUAUUCUAAUGAUGCAUUGUCUUUAGUGUUGUUAAUCAAGGUGAGAGUAACACAAGUUCAAAGUAUUAUGUAUUUGUCACAUAGGUAUGAUUCCAUAUAAAACAAUAACCAAACAUAACUAAGUUUAAUAACAAAUAUAAACAGAUUAUUUUCACAAGUCACAGUUGGCAGGGCACGAGAGGGCGCAUUAGCCCAGGGCACCAAACAGGCUAGGACCGCCUCUGGUGGGCAGCGACGUAGAGAAGACUGUACAAAGGCUCCCCCAGAAGUCUAGAUCAGACAUAACGGGAAACUGUUCACCUAACUUUGCCCACGCAUUUAAACAAUAAAGCGGCUUUCCCGGAUAUUAGCGUCAUCUUCUGAAUUACUUUAGUUUAAACCAGCAUAAUGUAUACAUAAUGUACAACGCAGAAAAAUUUAUUCUGAAGUUCAACCGGAAGCACUUUUGUAUAUCUCGUUAACGGGUGCACGCACUUUAACGGUGGUAGCACUCGCGCUCCAUCCUCUCUGACAGCCUCACAAAGUAGGGGUCCAUCCUCGUCAUGGCAUCUGAAGAGCUCGCACGAAAGCUGCAAUCGCGGCUUUCUGCUACACAGGAGGCCGUACCGAGGCCCGAGCCCGAACAGAGCCCUGUCCGACCCAAACCGCAGGGGUCAGAUGCUGCCUGUGGAGAUUCAUCAUCCGAGCUAUCCGCCAAACUGACGCGUAGGCUGGACAUCAACGAGGGUAACGCUGCACCACGAGCGACCCGGGUCUUCAACCCUUACACCGAGUUCAAAGAGUUCUCCCGCAAGCAGAUUAAGGAUAUGGAGGGAAUGUUCAAGCGGUAUGACACUGGGAAAGACGGCUUCAUCGACCUGAUGGAGCUAAAGCUGAUGAUGGAGAAGCUGGGAGCUCCACAGACUCACCUGGGCCUGAAAAACAUGAUCAAAGAAGUGGAUGAAGACUUUGAUGGCAAACUAAGCUUCAGGGAGUUCCUGUUGAUUUUCCGGAGAGCAGCAGCUGGAGAACUGCAGGAAGAAAGUGGUCUACUGGCAUUAGCAAGACUGUCUGAGAUCGAUGUCUCCACUCAGGGUGUUAUGGGGGCCAAAGACUUUUUUGAAGCCAAGAUGCAGGCUCUGUCUGUCGGUAGCAAGUUUGAGGCUGAAAUUCGAGAGGAAAAAGAAGAACGCAAGAGACAAGAAGAGGAGAAAAAACAACGACAUGCUGCCUUCAAGCAGCUGCAGUCCACCUUCUGCUCAUAACCCACCACAGAAAGCAGAUGAUGCAGAUUGCAAAGUUCAGUGUUACUGAAGUUUUAGAAACACACUCCUUACUUAGACUCAAACCCGUUUCAAAAAAACAGAUUAAUUAAAUUAAAUUAAAUCUUGACUAAAAUAAAAAACAUGUCAUAACUAGGCACAGGGUGAAGUCCAGGAUAUGGUUAGCCUUGCACAAAACUGAUAUCUUGUAUAUUGUAUGUUCGACCUCUAGACCAUCUGAAAUCUGUCUUUUGGGUUUUUUUUCUGUUUGUUUGUUUUGAGUUUUGUGCUAUAACCUUGUUAAUGAACAGUAGUUUGCAAUCCCACAACUAAACAACCAUAAAUAUGUUUCUGUUUAUCUACAGAGUAAAUAAAGAUGUGUUGUAGACCUAGGCUAAGGACAACAACUGUACACUGAAGUUUAACCGUAUUGCUAAAAGCACACAGAAGACGGCUUCCAUUUAAUCAUGCUUGCAUGUUACAGUAGCAUUUCUCAACUUUGCCUUUGCUAAGACUUUGUUUCUAAUGACCCUAGGAAAAAAAAAGAUGUUCUCAAGUGGAGGUCUGAUGAUAAUCCUAAUAGUGGCAGGUAACAGUUUUCUAAGUGGCAUCUUUUUAGGUAUCCUCUUUCGUAAGGAACCAUCUGUAUAAAACACCAAUGAGCCAUUGUUUGAAUAAUUCCUUUGUGAUGAUUUGUGCACAGUAAUAUGGUGUAAAAGCAGUAGCGAGCACCUUUACUGUGACCAACAGUAAGUUUGUGAGCAGCAUCUCAAGUACAUGCAAGUUACAAGGUCCCAGGAGAAAUGUGCCCAUCUAAUUUGAUUUUACAGGUUCCCUCCUGUAAAAAGAGUGACAUAUCACAAAUUAAGAUGUGAAAGGUCUGGUGUCUGUAGACUACGGGAUAACAAAAAAGUACAAGCUGUCACUUCAGUGCCCGAUUACACCGAAAAGAUGACCCCAGAACAAGAUAGAAAACAUUCAGUUCUUUUUUUGUAGCUCCAGAAAAGUAAAAUCUUCAUGUGUUAUUUUCAAAUGCACUGUGGUGUUUUGGUGCAAGAAACAAAAUGUUAGGGGGAGUUCAGUCAAUAUACACUGGUAACCUCACUACUGUUUUUUUAUUUUUUUGCAAAUGAGCCAUUAGCUAUACAUAAAUUGCCAAUCUUGAAUGGCUAUGCAGGUUUUUAACUGACUUCAGAGACCGCUGAAAUUCAGCUUCAUUUCCAUAUAGGACAAAUGCUGAUUUUUAUGUUGUGACUGUGAAUUACAGUACUGUUCAGUACGACUAAGUCUUGGGCCAUCGUUCAUUUCUUUAAACUUAGGUAAAAUGUGUAGUAUUUGAGGUGAAAAAUGAAUCUAUUUUGGAAAAAAGAUGUAAGCUGACAAAAUGUGGAACAAGUGAGUACCUUUAGAGGCACUGUAACAGUAAACUUGGCAAACAACCUAUUUUCUGUGACAUUUCAUGCUCACAUCAGGUGUCUGACCUGGUCUUGUUUUUCCCAUUUCAGAAAUAUUGGUAACCUCAGGACUGUUGUCUCAAAAUGUGAACUGGAGAUACUCAUCCAUGCUUUCAUCUCUACUAGUUCAAAUUAUUGUAAUACACUGUUUUCUUGUCUAAAACAUCUAGUAAUUGCUUCUAGUCCAUCUAAAAUGCUGCUGGAAGGCGUUUAACUGAUUUUAAAUCUUCUCGUAUCAUCUUUACACUGGCUUCCUGUCAGGUUCAGAUUUUAGUUAAAAAUGUAGGUUCUUACUAAGGCGAUGCCCCAUCUGUAAUGUCCAUUUUAUUUAUGUAACACCAAAUCAAAACAACAGUUUCUUUAUAUUGUAAGGUAAAAACCCUAAAAUAGUAAUAAAGACCUGCAGUAAUUCCCUGAUUCUCCAAGCUGGGUUCUUAAGCCCAGGUAGGGGUCUUCUUGCUAUCUCACGUGUUAGUCUGAAAACAAAGAACAAUUGAGUGUUCCAAUCCUUUGCUCCAUUACUGUUCCAAUACUGGAACAGCUUAAUCCUCUCUUUUUACACUCUUAACCCUGUGACAUUCUUUAAAACAGCUUAAAGACAGGCAUUUAGCUAAUGUUUUUGCAUACUGUGGUGUUUUACUAGUUCAUGUAAAAACCAUUUUGACUUUGCACAAGCUGUACUUGAAUGUCUGUCACUUACUUGUUAAGAACCAAGUUAUAUGAGUUAUACCUUUAGAUACAGUAUUUUAUUAUUAGCGGCCUGUCACAAAAAUGCAUAAUUUACUCUGAUUUAAUUCCAACAGAGCGAUUCCUAAAGUGCUAUUUGUCAAAAGCUUGAAAUAUCAUGGCAUAGUGUACUCUUUCAUAUGAAAGAGGUCGGGAGAGUGGUCCAAUAGUGAGUGUCUGCAGCCAUCUGUAAAACAUGGCAUCUAUAAACGUUUGGGGCUGCAUUUUAUGGGGACCUUUUUCAAAUUGAUGGAGUUUGGUUAGAGUUAGAGAGACAGGACAAAAGACAUGCUGUGGAAGAGAGCUACGUUACCUGAUCCAGCCCUAACUAUAAGCUUUGUGAAAAAGGAAAGUUUUAAGCCUAAUCUUAAAAGUAGAAAGUGUGUUUGCCUCCUGAAUCCAAGCUGGGAGCUGGUUCCACAGAAGAGGCGCCUGAAAGCUGAAAGCUCUGCCUCCCAUACUACUCAAAUACCCAUCAACCACAAGUUAAUCCACAGUCUGUGUAUUUAAUCAGAUGGGGCCUGAUUAUUCAAGACCUUGUAUGUGAGAAGCAGGAUUUUGCAUUCAAUUCUGGAUUUAACAGGGAGGCAAUGAAGAAAAGCCAAUAUAGGAAAACUAUGAAUUUUCUUUCUAGUCCUGACAGGGAUGUUAUAAUGUUUUUGUAUUAUAUACUAUAUUUCCAUGUUUGUUUGUGUGUGUUUCAGUAAAUCACUGUACCUUUUUCCAAUUUUCCUACCAAAAUAUAAAGACCUGAGGGUGGCUCAAGACUCUCAGUACUGUAUACAUGUCCAAUGGGAAAAGUCUCACAGCAGUACUUUGAGAUCAGAGACAGGCUGUACAGAAUAGUCUGCAGUUCCUUCAUUCAGCACAUCUGCAUAGAAAAGAGAUGUAUGUGUUACUUCAUCAUGUAGUCUUAGCUUUAUCAUUAGCUUUGCUAUGCAGCUAUGUUGGUAGCAUUGGUCUAGAAAAGAGACUGAUACUUGAAGAAAUAGCUGAAUACUUUGGGAAAUACUAGGAUUUUCACUUCGGUGUUGCACUUUCACUUUGCUUAGCGUAAAGACUGGAAGCAUGGUUAGCAACUAGCCUAGUUCUGUCCAAACUGAUUACGUAGAUCUAACAAUAGCCUUAAGGCUCCCAAUUAUGUUUUAUGUGGGUUUAGGUCAUUUCUAGUAUUUGGUACCAUUUGAGUCCCCAUAUCAGAACUAAGUGUAUUUUGUAUAAUAAUGGGCCAGUAUCUAUUUUUCCAAAUCUUGUCUUAGCCUAAAAUGCCGCAUCCCCAUGUCACCUUUGUUUAAGUUAAGUUUAAGUUACCAAUAUGAGUUUAAAAUUUUUAAAUUAUUUCCAGUAUAAACUGAUAUUAUUUGUAAUUUUGAUCAUAGGUUUGAUAAACAUGAGUAAUAAUUACUCACUUAAGGAUAAAACAUCUUUCCUGUUAUAGUACUAGGCAGAAUGGUUAUUGACAUGAAAUGCAUAUCAUUGUGUGUUUUUAAUUUAUUCACAGCAUGACAUUCAAAGUUUAAUCUAUACAUUGUUUUUAGUCAUUUUUAACCUAAUUUAUCUAAUUUUUUUUCAUAGUUUGGUAUCUAAACCACAAAUAUGUCGUGCAGUCAGACUGUAUAUGGAAAAGGAGACUACAAAGAAUAUUAAAAAUUGUGUUUAAGUGAUAAUAAUAGCACAGUACACUGGCAGGAUUUUAUUUUAUUAAUGAUUAUAAAUGUUUUAACAAUAUGCUUCAUGUAGAAUAUAUCAUUUAUAUAAAAAUAGAAAUGUAGAACUAUCAGGCAUUUUAAAGCUGUUGAGAUGAAAUAAAUAAGCAUUUUGUCAAGAAAUUAGUGUUGACAUGAGACUUAUUAUUGUAGGCUCUUUAUCUUACUAUGUAAGGCCUUGAGGUGACUGUUGUUGUGAUUUGGCAUUUUAUAAAUAAAAUUGGAUUGAACUGAUUUGAAUUAUGAAAUAAAACGGUCAUGGUGAAAAGGA